GUCUGGACCUGAUCGUCCACCGUGGGACGUAUGACUCGCAUGUCCAUCACACUGAUGGCAGUAGUUCUGGAUACCGAUGUUCAUCGUUCCUGGAUGUGGACAAACGUUCUGACAACUCGCUCGACGACAAGUUCGAGUCGCAUACAGGUGCCAGCAUAGAGAAGUUCAUCUCGAAUGUCCAGGACGGUCUGAAGUUCCAGGACAUCAUCGACGAGAUCCACAGCAAGAUGGGCCUGGCCGACGCGCUGCCCAGGCUGGCGGGCAGGCUGCCUGUGGAGCUGAUGGGGCUGGCGCAGAACGCGUCGUCGGGGAGCACGCAGGUCUUCACGGAGGAGUCUUUGGCCAAGGCUCUGAAAUAUUUCAACCAGAUGCUGGUGGACGCCUGGGGAGACCUCGACCAGGCGUCCGUCUCCUGCAAGGAGUUCGUGGAGAGCAACCGUGAAACGUUCACGCAGGUGCAGAGCGAUUUGGAUCACUUAGCUUCAGAACUCAGCGACCAGGAGCGCAUCAAGGUCUCGGCCACGGGCUCGAUGCAGGAGCUGUCGGCGAAGAUCAAGGAGGCGGAGAGCAUGCGCACGAGGCUGACGCGGGAGCACGCGGAGACCAAGGGCCUCUCAGACGCGCACGUUGUCGGCCUGCCGGGCUGCACGGACACGAACCGCAAGGAGCUCGCGAGCAUCAACGAGCAGAUGGCCAUCUUCACCCAGGCGAAGGCGAAGGCCCAGGAGCUGCUCGCGGAGGCGACGUCGUCGAUCCAGACGCUCCGGGUCGAGACGCAGGAGAAGGAGGUGGAGAGCAGAGACCUGCAGUGCGAUUACGAAACGAAGGUGCACCAGUGCAAGACGAGGGUGCAGGACAUCCUGUACACGGACAUGUGCGCGGUCCGGGUCGUCCGCGACGCCGUCAUGAGCCGCAGCGAGGUGUCGCCGCCCGCCGCGAUAGGGGCGACGGCCAUUCGGCGCUGCAGGCGACAUUCGUUGACGCAGCCGCGCGCGGAGCACGUCGAGGACCCGGCGGGCCUCCAGAGCAAGACCGGGCGAUUCGGGGCGUGGGCCUGCGGCCCCGCCGACGAGGGAUGCAUGGUCGCGGUCGCACUGACGGGCAAGACCGUGCAUCUGGCGUGCAGGGUGCAGGGACGUGCGGCUGGAUGCCUUGGUGGGAAGGCGUCCUGCGAACCGCGCCGCCGCUGCCAGCGUCGGCGCGCCCUGGGGGAGAGCUCCGACCAGAGGCAGGUUGCAGAGGUCCAGAACGCCCAGGGCCAGGGGCAGGUCCGUGAUCUCGAGGAGGUCAAGGCCAAAAUCACGCUGGCCAAGAAGCGCGGCAAGACGAUCUUGCAGCACGAGGUUGAGUCUGGCAAGACGCUCGAGGAGUUGCAAAAGGAGUUCGGGUCGCUGAAGGCUGCGAAGCGGGAGCUGCGGCUGGCGAAGGAGCGGUCGAAGAGGCAGCCUGCACCCAUCGCGGAGCGGAAGGCGCUGGACGACCGCCCCGUGGACGCGGGGCACCGCGCCGAUUCCGUGGUCCGGCACCAGGCCGGCGACCGCGCCGCCGCCCCUCCAGCCUCGAGGCGGCUGCACCCCAACGCUUUGCUUCUAGGUCACCUGCAGGGGCGCUACGAUGGCCGCGCCUCGGGCGCGUCCUUCCCCAGAGCGCCGCUCUUCUCCAGGGCGGGCGGAGAAACCACCCCUCUAGUUCCAAGGUGGAGCGUCGAGAAGGCAGGGGGCGUGGCGCUGCAGCGCGUGGAGCUCCUCAAGCUGCAGAUCGCGAAGCUGUCCCUCGAGGAGAUCGAGGCGCUGUACCUGUGGCUGCCGAGGGUACUGGCCGGCGCCCGGCUAAGCCGGCAGAGCAUGGCGGUUGCCGCGGAGAGGGUCGAGAAGUUGUUCUCUGCUGUUGCGGUGUCCACACCAGCUCGCUCUGGUGAUGCUGGCACAGGCAUGCGUCAGGUGCAGGAGGCCGAACGUGCUGGCAUCCACCAGGAGGGCUGCGUGCUGAGCCAGCCCGAAGAUCGAGCGGGGGCCCGCUCCCGCUGCGCCGCCGAAGGUGCUGGCAUCCACCAGGAGGGCUGCAUGCUGAGCCAGCCCGAGGCUCGAGUGGUGGUGAGCCCCAAGCCCGCCCCGCCAGAGAGGCCCGCCCCCGCGGCGCCAGCCCCUACGCCCGCCCCGCUAGAGAGGCCCGCUCCCGCUGCGCCGCCGAAGGCGCCCCCUGGUGCUCUGGCUCUCGCGGAUGCUGGUACCCGCAAGGGGGGCAGCGCGCCGAGCCAGCCUGGAGAUCGCGAGGCGGUGAGCCCCGAGCCCGCCCCGCCAGAGAGGCCCGCCCCCGCUGCGCAGGCCCCUGGCAGCCCCGAGCCACCCCCGCCAGAGAGGCCCUCCCCCGCCGCGCUGGCGAAGGCUGCCCCUGGACCCCUGGACGGGGGAUGCCCCGGCGCGGCGGAGGCCGCCGCGGCGGCGCAGACCUCAAAGGCCGCCUCCGCUGCCGCAGAGGCGGCGCGCCCCGUUGCAGAGGCGGAGGCCACAGCCACCGAUGCACGGGGCGCCCGGCCGGAGCCGCCGACGGCGCUGCCCGAGGUCGUGGAGGAGGGGCCCGCGGGCUCAGCGCCCGCGGAACCUCGCGCGUCGGCGUCUGGCGGCCGCUGGCAACGCGCCGCUCGCGGGCGCGACGAUCUGCCUGCCAUCCCGGGCGUCACCAGCGACCUUGUGCCGUUGGCCCCCGCUCUGGAGUUGUGCAGCCAGGCGGCGCCUCCCGCGCCGCCGCCGCCGCCCCCAAGCCCAGCGGGCGCUGCGCUCGACGCGGCCGCGCCCCGAACGCAGGCAGCGCCGCUCAAGCCCGCGUCAGAGCCGCCCAGCAAGGCCGCGCCUCCAGCGCUGGAGCCGCCCGCCGCCAGCGCGGCCGCCGCCUUGAGGCCGAUGCCUCAGGCGGGCCCUGCUGACUCUCCAGAGCCCGCCUCGGCGAAGCCGCCGCCGCCCUGCACGACGGCGCCGUUGCGCACGUCGCACGCGUCGGAGCCGUCUGGCUCGGAGGAGGGGACGCCCGCGGCCGCCGCGGCGCCUGCGCCCGAGCGCGAGCCGCGCGAGGAGCGCUGGCCGUCGUUUGCCGCCGCGGCGGGCGAGGCGGCUCGGGCCGCCCAGGAGCACGCCCCCGCCCCUGCCAGGGAGACGGAGCAGCGCUGGCCGUCGCUCGGCGCCGGCGGCGCCGCGCUGCCGCCGCCACAGAAGUGGAAGCCGUCGCUCCUCGGCGGCGGCCCCAAGAUGCAGGCUGCCGACAGGGUGGCUCCGGGCGCCGGCAGCAGCCCCAAGUCGCAGCCCAGGGGCGGCAGCCCCAAGGCGCAGCCUCCGGAGGGGAACGCCGCGGUGCCCGCGGCGGAGGCGGAGCAGCGCUGGCCGUCGUUCGCCGCCGCCUCGGCCGAGUGCGACCGGGGGGCGCGGGAUCAGGAGCAGGCUCAGGCUCCGACGCCCACGCCCACGCCGGAGCAGGAGCAGUGCUGGCCGUCGCUCGGCGGCGCCGCGCCGCCGCCGUCGCACAGGACGCUGAAGGAUCCCGAGGCAUUCCCAUGGACCAUGGCGGAGCUUGACGGAUGUUUGAACAUCCGCAAGGGUGUUGCAGGCGCGCCUCGCCUGCAGUUCUACAUUGAGUUAUGCGGGCAGACGAGAGUCCGCCUCAGCCAGAUCAAAGCGUGGUUCCCCAGGGCGCGCCUGGAGCCGCGCUACGGCACCCCCACGGUGGCGGCGGACUACUGCAAGAAGGAGGGGAUGUGGCGCGAGUGGGGCGACCGCAGCGAUCGCGUCCGAGCCGAGCAGUGCAGGGAAAUUGGGAACCACGGCGGCGCCGCCAGGUGGGCUAACUUGAUAGACGCCAUCCAGUCCACGGCCAGCUUCGAUGAAGUCGUCACAGACGCCGAGAUUGCCGGCACGGUCGCUCGCUCCAUGGUUUGGGCAUUCAGGGCGCGGGCUGCCCGCCGCGUAGACCCGCCAGCCCUCGACCUCACUGCCGCCGGCUUCAAGUGGCAGGCUCGAUUCGACCUCUUCCUCGCUCAGGCGGAGCCCGACGACAGGACGAUUACGCGCGUCUACGAGCCGCGCGGCAACAAGGGCAAGUCGAAGUACACAAGGUACGCGGUCGCUAAGCACAGGUUCAUGAUCGCCACACCCGACGACGGGAAGUUGAACGCAACGUUGUGGAACGGCCAGAGGGCCGUCCUCGUGGACGCGGCCCGGUCCCAGACCCUGAACUACUUCGCCGUCGAGGAGCUCGAGAACGGGUUCAUCGCGCAGACGAAAUACGGGGUGAUAGCGAAGAGCUGCGCGGCGCCCCGUCUCAUCAUCUUCGCCAACCAGGCCCCCAACCUUCGCCAGCUCAGCGCCGACCGCUGGAACGUCAUUACCGACCUCGGCGACCACGUGACGCUGCACGUGGCAUUCCGCCGCGGCUUCACCGAAUCUGGUUAUCUUGACUUCAAGGAGAAGGGCGGGGUCGAGAUCAACGGUUUACAGGCCCGCAGCCAUCGUGCCGUCAUCGCGAACUCGUUCGGGGCCACUGGCGACAGCUCGAAGAAGGACGGCCCGUUGGAGGUGCUGUGCGGCGAGUGGCGCGACGCCAGGGGCUCGACGUACAAGCUAGACUUCGACGGGGCGAACUCUCUGAGCGUGCUUACGAUACGUCCGGACGGGAAGACGAUGACGACCGACAGGCUGGUGAGGCAGAUCGACGUGGGGGGUCGGGUGACCUGGGGUGCCAGGGCGACGUUCGAGCUCGUCGAGCCCGUCCCGGAGGGAGCGAAGGAGAUUCGCUGGAAGAGGUGUGAGGACGGCAAGGUCGCUUUCAUAUGGACGAGGCUCAAGGGACCUGCGCCUGUGGGCUAUGCCAGUCCUCGCUGGCGCCUGCGGGUCUUGAACGCCUCGCCCGCAGGAUCGGGGGCCGGGGCCGAGGCGCCUGCUGGCCCCGAGGUCGAUCUCUUCAGUGCGCUGGGGAAGGACUUCUUCGCCACCGGCGACGCCGCCAGCGACCCCAGCGCGGAAGUGGCCGCCGCUGCCGCUGCAGCGGAGGCCCCCGCGGCGAGCGCGUCGCCGGCCGCCGUCUGA